GAGACAAGGAAGAUAUCGAAGUCGUAGAGUCUGAAUCAGAGGGGAACGACACAGUUGGUAAGACCAUAAAGCUUGAAUCUUUAGUGCUCUCAGAGGGAAACAACAUAGCCGCUGACGAAACCAGAAAGCUUGAAUCUUUAGUUGGAAUGAAGAACGAAGGUAUUCAGGUCAUUUAUCCUAAUUAA